CCUGCCUUGAAUUGCCCAAUGGAUGUCAUUUGCUGCUCGGCGGAGCUGUGAAUCAAUCCCCGUUGUUUGUUUGCUUUCCCUGUUCAAAGAGAGAGAUUUGUAGGACGAAGCUAACGAACCUAUCAGAGAAACUCUGAGCUUCUCAGACAUAUCAUCCUCGGUACUUCGAUAUAACACCUAAUCAACAACAAACUUGUAACUCGAGCCCCAAGUCAGAUCAAGAUGGCACCCAAAGCCUACGAAACCCGCAACACUCUUCACCACAUGCUUGCCAAACGCGAGGACAACUGGGCCGCCCGCGAAGCUGGAGUUGUGGUCGUCUUCUGCAUUCUCGUCAUCGUCGCAUCUGGUCUGACCGGUCUCUGCAUCUCGAGGGCUUUGAGUCGACGAAAGGGCAAGCGUCAGACUUCGCAUGUCUAGCUUAGCAGCAUGCCAUUGUCUUGAUCCUCAAAAUUGAGGUGGACAUGCAUGCAUGCCUUGACAAGAUACGGCUUAUGCGAGCUACCUGGCGUUGGAGAAUGCUGUGAAGAUCAGUAUGGCCGGGUUUUGGCGCUUGGAGUAUGGGCUAUGGAGUAUAUGGUUUGCGGCGCAAUGGCUGGUACUCGAUGCGGUAAACCACCAUUCUCUUGCUGUUAGGCGUCCGUAUUCUGGCUACGGUAGGAGUUCCUCGUGUUGCUAGUCAAUGGACCGAAAGCUUUCCCAGGUGUUGUUCUGGGAUGCACUAGGUGCAGUCUUCCAGCCCUGCAAGUCUCAGUAUUUGAUGGUUUGCUUGUUUGAAGGGGUUGAUAGACUCAAAGGGCGCUCAAAAUUUGUUCUGGCCGUUACUCCGGUGAAAAUCUAUCCAAGUCGGAUUUUCAUUUGUCGCUUCCUCCUCUGUUCUGUUAAUACUUCUGCUUUGGGCCGACCAAGUGGGUCUGCUGAGGCUUUACCAACAAGGCUGCACUUCACUCAUUCUCCUACCUUCGAUUUCAGUUUUAGUUGGUCUUUUAGGACUUUUCUUUCUGUUCUGCUCGUCACUUCUAGAAAAUGUGUCUUGUUUUGACAGCUGGAAAACUUUCCACGUCUCUAAGCGAGCCGGAGAUUCAGCAUUUCCCUCGAUCCCGAAAAUUGUCAUCUGGGCGACUACUGUCACCUCUUUCUUGGCUUCUGUCUCAUUUUCGCAUUAUUAGCCUAGUGGCUCGCUUCUGUUGGGCAUCCUAUGCAAGCCAUGUUGAAAUCGUUCAGCCUCAAGGCAUCCACACUUAGUAACACACCUUCUUUUGUCGGGCUCACGCUUCUCGCUAACGAUUCUUAUAUCAUCAGCAACGGGUGCCAGAUACCCUUAUAUUUUACCAGCCUCGCAGGCAUCAUCAAGGCAAUCGUUCCCAUGACUUUCUUAUCUUUCCCUGCCAAUAUCCUUGCCUCACUCCUCUUCUCAGCCAAUUGGACUCGAGGCGAAUGAAAAGGCGACCCGAGCCGUCUGAAUUGGGCCCGCAGCCUCGAAGUCGAGGCACGGCUGCAUUCAAGUUGCAUGGAUAACCAAUCCCGCAGCCAAGGAAACAGUGCAAACGCCUCGCGGUAAUGAAGUUCAAACGAAUCGGCAUCGUUUCCCCUGUUCGCUUAAGGGGAUAAGCUUGGGCUUGGUCAGGAGCUUUAUGAGGAGUCACUCUUCGGCAACCAUCAUGGAGCUCGCGCUCGCGCGGCCUGAGCUUGCAACCUCUUUUGUGUUCGACUUGACCCCACCCAGGCCCUCUUGCGUAGACUUGUCAGCGUCGUGCCAUCACCGUGCCUGCGUUCUUUCCCAUUAAAAUUGUACUUGGUAUCCGCGCGCCCUAUUAUUAACGACUUGCGAAUUUUCUGCGUCCUGGUCGGCCAAUCCGUCGGAGAAAAGAGCCUCAGAAUUGCGAUGCACCCGGUUUAACUCGAUAGCGACGCGUCGUUCGCCUUACAACACCCGAUUGUCUAUUUACACCCAAUUGGAUAUAUAUAUGGGAGGCGAUUUCCUCGCGAUCGAUGCUGGAGAGCUGGAUAGCUGGAUAGAAACGAGAUAGCCGCCGGCCUGCCAGCGCACCCGCCGGUUCGAACAUCUGCCCUCAAUGCGACACAGCCUUGGACGAGGCCCUCCCUUCCUCGAUCUUUACUCCGCCUGCAAUUCCAUUUUACUGUAAUUGCGACAUCUUGCCCAUGGCUGCUCAGCAUCUCCUUACGGGAAAUAAUACUCCGCUCUUGAAUAGACAUACGAAUGAUGAGGAUCCGAUUGAGACGAGGCUUCCGAGUGGGAGGUGCAAUUAUACGAACCUCAGUGUAGGAGGUAGCGCGCCAGUGUGUGGAUGUCGUCGAUUCUGGGACAAGGCGCUGGCAACUCCGAGAUCAACCUUUGGGGAUAGUACACCCAGAUCACAACCCAGGUCAGGAUUUUGUAUGUGUGAACAUCAUGCUUGCUUCCAUGAUGAUGGUCCACAGAACCAGGUUGGACAAGCCUCUGUCGAUGUUCCUAUGACAGAUGCGACACCAACCAUCGUUCAGAAUGUACCCAUUAGAAAGACUCAUUCUGCACCCGAUACAAGGGCGGAGGUAGGGGGCCAGGACUCCAUCCCGGAUACUCUCCAGUGGAGCCGUUAUAUUCAUCCGGGGCCCGUUACAAGUCUUCCUGCCAUUCCAUCUCAAUGUUUGCUUCCGUCUGAAAAUGGAUCGAUGACCUCUGGCAGCCAAGGUGCCUCCAUCCGCCCUUCUGGUCUGGGACUGCGAACUGUCAAUCCCGUACCUAUAAUCACUUCUGGAAGUGCCUUUCACAGACGGCAUCCUGUCAAUGAAAAGAGAAUGCAGCUUUACGAAGAUACCAAUGGUAAUGCUUUCUUGCAAAGCCUCACCGAAGCCGCGACUCCAAGUGCUAGGGCCUCCCAGGACCCAGUGACAGAUGCUGAUCUUCUGAAAGACGUCAAUAAUGUUCGCGAUGCUCUGAACAAUUUCACUCAACAAUCUGGAAAGGCCAUUGCAAAGGAUGACCAAUCUCAGCGGCAAAUCAAGCAAUCUGGAUCCGCCCCAGGGCCGCUGGUGCUAACUCAAGCUGAAGGCCCUGACGAGGACUCUCUCAUCCCUCGACUCCGGCACUUGGUCAAUGAUCUCGCAGAUUACCCCACCAAGAUCCAGAAUCACGAACACCGUCUGGACCUUUUGGAGAAUACCUCCUUCUCCCAUGCCGCUAUCGACGAUCUGCAGGACGCGGAUGACCGCCUCGACAAUCGGGUCUGUGAAGUCGAGGAAAGGCUUCGCGAUGUCGAGAAAGCUCAAGCUGCACUUAAUGACGCUAGUAGCGUGAGUAGUCGACAGCUUGUCAAUGCUUCAUUUGACUCCAGAGCUUCUGUCACUUCUACCGCCUUGAUCGCUUCAGCGAUGGACCGUCUUGACUCUUCUCGUGUCGAGGCACUUGAAGCUCAAGUUGCCGAACUCCAAGCUGCUGCUCUACCAUCUCAUGCCCACCCUUGGGAAGUUGAGGUUGUUUUCCUGCCGUUUGGAUCACGCCUCAUGGGUAUUUGGUCUGGGCAGCAGUCUAUGAGUCAACGGUCAAGGCUCAACAGCACGCAGACAGAUGAGUGGACGCAGACACAGAAUAACUCAAUGGCUGCUGCUCAGGCUUGUCUCACUGCUCAUGAUCAGGCUUCCGCGUGGGAAAGAUCCGCUACAGAUCUUGCUGAUCAUGAUACAUCUUGGCUGAUGGCCAGAGCAUGUGGACUUCGGAGUAGGGUCGACGAACGACUUCGAAGUAGGGGUCUUGUCAGGUUGAUCAGAAUUCUAGGCGCUGAUGCAAGGGAUGUCCAAUCUGCGAUGCUGAAAGCUUUCGGAGAUCUGCCCGAUGUCCUCACUGAGGACCCAUACACUCAACACGAUGAUGAGAACACUAGUAUGGUACCGUCAACCCUCAAAAACUAUCUCGGCCUGUCAGCACCUUGGAUUCCUCUACGAAAAGUUCACAAGGACUCAUGUCUUCGCUACUUGACUCCUGCUGAGAUGGUCACGCCUGCUCUUUGGACGGUCCCAUUCUUAUCCGCCAGUGUUGCUAUGCGACACUCCGGAGUUCGUCGACUCUAUGUCACUCAACGAGACAGCUAUAUCCAACAGCUUGGCUACAACAAUGCCGACUGGACCUGGCAGAAACUCCGCCAACUUCCUAGAGUGUACCCAGACCAGUCCAGUUUCAAUCACACUCCUGAAGCCGAUGCUCACGAGCCUUGUUGGGAAUUUGAUGAACGACUCGAUCCACCUCAUGAGAGCAUCCACUCCUCUUUCGCAUCUCAGAUCUCCUCUCUCAGCAUCCGCUCUGUCGCUCAUGACCACCAAGAUGAACAUUACAACCCGGCUUCACCAUCUGAUCAUUUCUCCUCUGCAGCUGCAUCGCCUAAUGCUUCUACAACACCUACAUCUAUAGCGGCGCCACGUGCAGCACCCUUAUCUCCACUCAAAGAACGGAAUCCAUUUAGACCAGUCCAUACACGCACCACAUCAAUGCCACUCCCAACCACAGUCCCCACCAAAUCCUCCCAGCACGCCGCGACCAGUCACGCCCCCACGGUCAAACGCCGCAUCGCUUCGUUCGAGCACGAAACUCAGUCCUCGCCCUCUCGAGCCCCUUCUGCUCCGGUUUUCAACACCCAUCCACCCCCCAACCUCAACCUGAACAACCUCAAACGCCGCCGCAUCUCACGCUCUCCCUCACGUCCGCGCGACACACCCCGCUAUUCCACUGGUCCGCCCAGUCCCUACGCAUUCUUCGACGAAGUGAAUACUAAGCGCGAGGAAGGCAUGACUCCUUUCGCUUAUGCAACGCCGUAUAGUAACGCACCCUAUGUAGAGCGUGCAAGGACAAGGAGUACGACCAGGAGUAGUAUUGGGAUCUACGAGGAUGGGGAUGGUGAAGAUGAUUUUGGCUUCGGUCUUGGUGCUGAAGGCGUCAAGGAUAGAAUGAGAAGGGAUGAGGACGAUGGGAGUACAACGGAUGAUUUUGGCUUCGGUCUCGGUGCUGAAGGCGUCAAGGAUAGAAUGAGAAGGGAUGAGGACGAUGGGAGUACAACGGAUGAUUUUGGCUUCGGUCUCGGUGCUGAAGGCGUCAAGGAUAGAAUGAGAAGGGAUGAGGACGAGGGGAGUACAACGGAUGAUCUGAACGCUGAUGAUCAUGAGCAGAAUGACGAAGAUGAGGAAGGAGAUGGUGGCGAAGCGAAUGCCCUCAGCGAUUUCGACUCAGAUUAUGCUGGUGAGGGAGAUGAAGGUGGUUUCGGACAACCAAGACAGGGCGAUGAUGAGUGGGAGGGUGUGCAGGAUGAUCUCGAUUUCAAUCAUGAGUACACACAUACCAACAGCUAUGAUCCCCGUCUUCUCCCUGCCGGCAAAGUCGUUCCUUCUGGUUCGAGACUUCGGCACGAGGGACAUGAGACGGAUGAUGUUGAUGACCAAGCGAGCGAUGCCAGCAGUGUUCCUUCGGAGUACCCGAGUCGUCAGCCUGAUGGCAUGUUUGAUUAUGAUCCCGGAUCUGGGAUAGGCUUUGGUUCAGGUGCUGGUGCUGGGAAACCGGGCUUCCGGAUUCAUGUUGAUGAGGAAGCUGAGUAGGUUGUGUCCCGGUGCGGGAGGAGAGUUCAAGGAAGGGGAGUGUGUGUAUAUUUGGAUACGAUACCGUAUGAAGAAGACGUGCUCCUUACGCAUACGACUUGGCAUACAGCUUGCUGCUUUCGAUAAUUGGGAUUUUGGAUUUAAUUAGGAGUUGAAGCCAGAGUUACGGAUUUGAUACCAGCGUUGGCGUUUCUGAAUAUUGCCCUGCGAGUUUGAUUUGUUUCCAUUUUGACGCAAUUUAUUUCUCCUCUAUUACAUUCGAAUUUUGCAGCAUCUCUUUGUUAUCUCUUCAUCUAGCAGACUUUGUUGGGGCUUGGCUCAUUUCGCUGUCAUUUGCUGAGGGGCUAACGAGUGGGAGAAACGUAGACAGCCAAAAGAUCAUCAGAUUGGACUUGCAACGAGCGCGGCGAUGUUAGACUAUUUCACGGAGUUUGUUUAUCUAUGAGCGGUCGAGCGAGAAAGAAAGAGAUCACUCCGCUUCUUGUAUUCUAGAUAGGCUGUGCCACGAUACAGGAUGCAGGUAUACGCACAUAUGGAGGGGUUGGAAGAACAGGAACAGACGGGAAGACGGAAGAGGGCAUGGAUAUCAGCAUCUCUAUCUCCAAUAAGAAAUUAUGUCAAUGGUGGCUUCUUCUGUUUUACUUUUCUGUGUGUGUACUUGAUCAAAGUGUGAGUGAUGCUCUUCUUGCGCCGUCUUGUUGCGUGUUGUGGUGUGUCACAACAUUGUUUCGGAUCCGUCGAUGUUGAGAACUCAAGUCAGGAG